CACACAUCGCGCAUGCGCCGCGGCCGGUUCCGGUGCGGCGCUUCCGGGUCGGGCCGGCGCGGCCGCGGAGCCCCCGCCAUGGCCACGCUGUUCCCGUCGCUCCUGCCGCGCCUCACCGAGCCCCUCUGGUUCAACCUCGACCGCCCCUGCGUGGACGAGACCGAGCUGCAGCAGCAGGAGCAGCAGCACCAGGCCUGGCUCCAGAGCAUUGCCGAGAAGGACAACAACCUGGUGCCCAUAGGAAAGCCAGCGUCCGAGCACUACGACGAGGAGGAGGAGGAGGAUGAUGAAGAUGAUGAAGACAGCGAAGAGGACUCUGAAGAUGACGAGGACAUGCAGGAUAUGGACGAGAUGAACGAUUAUAACGAGUCUCCUGAUGAUGGGGAGAUCAAUGAGGUGGACAUGGAGGGGGCAGAGCAGGAUCAGGACCAGUGGAUGAUCUGAUUCUGCCACGACCACACCAAACCGGAGCUGGGGAGAGCCCUUGCCCCCCGCGGCUCUGGGGGGCAGGUCAGUGAAGCUCCUCCUGCCGUGGGUGCUGUGUGGGGGCCUUGGAGCGGAGCCCCCCUGGGGGAGCCGGAGGGGCGGCUGUCACCCGGCACAUUGGGGCUGACACGUCUUUUCUAAUAAACUCAGUUUACAAGAAAAC